ACGUGCCUCCAGCUCUCUCUUUCUCUCUGUCCAUCAAAUAGAUUGUGUUUUCUUUACAUAAUGGUUUGGUUCAGUUGGGCCGUGACUGUGCCCCCUUCACGUCGACGCAUCUCCAGGUUGCGUCGAUUCUUCCGCGCUCGUUCCCUCACUGGUCUCGAGGUCCGACGAUGAGUGAUCAGAGAAGAGAAGCUUUCAGAACAGCACUUCAGUUGGUGUGUCAACUUCUGUGGGUGGUGGGGUUGGUGGUGGGCUUGAGUGGAGUCUAUCUACUGAUGGAGUACAGGCAGAGCAGCUGUUUUUUUUCUCACAUCUACAUCACCAUGCCUGCUAUCCUCGCCCUGGCCAGCGCUGCUCUCCUAUUGGCCAGCGGGUGCCUGGGCUCGUGGCUGAGCAUCAGGGAUUCCACCUUUCUGCAGGGACUGUUUGUUUAUCUACUAGUUGUGGUCUUUUGUCUGGAAAGUAUGGCCUCAGCGCUGGCUUAUUUCCACUCUACAAAGCUGUAUUCAGAGAUAGCUUCCCUCAGUGGAGUGUUUCAGAAUUACACAGGCAGCAGCCAGGACUCAAGCUCUCAAGCUGUGGAUACUACACAAAAGCAGUUGCAGUGUUGUGGUGUCCAUAACUACAGGGACUGGCUUCAAACCUCCUGGUUUAACCAAACUGGAGGACGCUAUGUUCCUCACAGCUGCUGCAACUCUACUUUCACCUCCUGCAAAGGCACUUUGGACCAGCCAUGGCAGCUUUACACACAGGGCUGCCAGGUGAAGCUGGAGAUGGCUUUACAGUUUGUGCUGAGUUUUAUCAUCUGGAGCUCCCCAGUGGUUUUUCUGGUGGAGCUUGGUGUGUUUCUGACAGUGGCGCAGCUGAUGAGGGACCAACCACUCAGGGAAUAUCACGUACUGGACAAAAACUGAAGACACUGUGACAGAUGGGACAGCCCUGUACUGGGCACAGAUAUUAUAAUAUAAUAGUAUGUCAUAGUAUAUUGUGUAAAUGGGUGUCAAAUUAUUAUGGUGACUGUUGUUAGAAUGAUUUUUCCUGAUCUGCAGACACUCUUGUGACCUCUCACCUGUGCCACCACUGCUAAUUAAUACAGGUUUACUCCAGUGCACUACAAAACAUGCAACAUACAAGAGGUGAAAUAUAUUAUGCAUGUAAUGCAGUUGUGUUGUGGAUUACUGGAUUGCCUGACAACAAAGAGAUGGUAGUGGUUUAAGGAAAGCUGUUUAUUGCUCUGUAUAUAUACUGCUGCACCAUUCAGUCUAUGUAAUUUUAGGCUCAACAAUGUAGUAUGACACCGUGGAGUGGUAAUAAAAGGACAAGGAAUUCUUAGUGAUGUAUCACAUCUUCAGUUUUUGUGAAUGUGAGUUGUUGCCAACCAUCCUUUUUUUGCCUACACAUGCCUGGCGCGCUUUCAUAUCUUCUAGUAUACCAGUGUUAAACAAAUCAAUGUGAUAUAAUGACU